AUGGAACAGAUCAUGAAGGCUCAAGCCCUGAGAGACAACUCAACGACGGGUUACACGGCAGCCAAGAAGCACCUGGAGAUCAACCCUGACCGUUCCAUCAUCGAGACCUUGAGGCAAAAGGCAGAGGCUGACAAGAAUGACAAGUCUGUGAAGGAUCUGGUCAUCCUGCUGUACAAAACAGCUCUUCUGUCUUCUGGCUUCAGUCUGGAGGAUCCCCAGACACACACCAACAGGAUCUGCAGAAUGAUCAAACUUGGUCUCGGUAUUGACGAGGAUGACCCCACUGCUGAUGACAGCAGUGCUGCGGUCACUGAGGAAAUGCCUUCCCUGGAAGGAGAUGACACGUCCCGCAUGGAAGAAGUAGACUAA